CCGAGUCCAAGCUCACAGUCUCAUCGCUCCCGGCUUGCACACGAUGAUGGAAGACGCACUCCUGGCCACCGCGGGCUCCUUGCUGCUGUCGCUCCUCAAGAUCGCGCUGGCCUGCGCCAUCAUCGCUGCAACACUCGUCGCCCUGAGCAGCCUCGCGUCACCGACGGCUACCGGUGCAGCCCCAGCUCGACGGGGUCGCGACGAGCCAGACGCGAGCGACCUACGCACCCAGAUGGCCUCGAACUCUGCCAAGAUCCAUGCACUUCACGACGCGGUCGACGGGAUGGCAGCACAGCGCAACGCUGCGGAUGCGACUCAUGUGAAAACGCUCACGGACCUCGCUGCGCGCAUGGCCGCCGUCGACGUCCGUAUCGAGGUCGCCUUGAAGUCGGCGACCAACAUGUACGCAAUUCCCCUCACGGCGCUCAAGCGACAGGUAGCGUCGAUCGAAACGGCUCAGACGAUCCUGGACGCGCGACUGGCGGCAGCGCUCUCCCACGGCAAUACUGCGGUGGCCCGCGUUGAAGCGCGCUGCAUGGGCUUUGACAAAGCAGCGGCCACCAACGACGCCUUCCGUGCCGAGUUUGGAGGCCACGUUCGCGCUCUCGAGGCCAAAAUCGAUGCCAUGUCGACGGCGUUGAGUGCGCUGCAGUCCCAACAAGGCAUGCCUGUCCUUUCUGUGAGCGCCAAGCCCACUGCGACCACACCGCCGGGGUUUGAGGAGUCGAAGCCAGCUACACCGUCUCCGCCAUUGGAACGUUCCCCUCUUCGUACAACACCUGCCUUCACUUCGUCGCUCCGUCGAAGCCUUGAGGACGACAGCGAGGACGAGAACGAGGUAGACCUUCCUACUGCAACUGGUAGCGUCCACCAACGCGGUGCCAAGCCGAAGAAAGGCCAUCGCGGCCGGUCGGCCAAUGCCAUCGCUCGGCGCAACGCGAUUAGCAUGAGCCGCCUCGUCGCCAAGCACAUGGCCGAACACGUCUUGGAGUAAGCUCCGACCCUCGUCCCGACGAUGCCACGAUCCCAGCUUGGUCCGUGCGCCUUGCACCUUGGCGCCGUCGUGCCAACCCUUGGCCUCGUACGUAAAACAUGAUAGCGCUCCCUUUUGCAUGCGA